AAACCAAAGAUGCUCGCAUCAUUUCUUGGAUUUUAGCAACUAUUGAGCCACGUAUGGUCAAUAAUCUGCGUUCUUUUCAUACAGCAAAACAAAUGUGGGAUUACCUGAGACGUAUUUAUCACCAAGAAAAUACUGCGCGGCGCUUUCAACUUGAACUUGAAAUCAGUCAAUUCAGUCAAGGUAAUCUUUCCAUUGAGCAAUAUUAUUCUGAUUUUAUUAACCUCUGGAGCGAGUAUUCUGGUAUUAUUUAUUCUAAGGUCUCUCAAGAGACGUUGGAAGGUCUUCAGGCAGUGCAUGAGGAAACCCAGCGGGAUCAAUUCUUGAUGAAAUUGAGACCAGAGUUUGAGACUGCGCGAGCUGGAUUGUUGAACAGAAAUCCGGUUCCCUCAUUAGAUAUAUGUGUUGGUGAAUUAUUGCGUGAGGAACAAAGGAUGGCUACACAAGCUGCUAUAAGUGGGCAGAAAGAAACGGCUGAUUUGGUCAAUCUGGCCUAUGCUGCUCAAGGGAGGAAUCAUGGGAAAGGGCAAUCACAAUGCUAUAGUUGCAAAGAAUUUGGGCAUAUUGCACGCAAUUGCAAUAAGAAAUUCUGCAACUAUUGCAAACAACAAGGCCACAUUAUCAAAGAGUGUCCUACACGUCCAGAAAAUAGAAAAGCCCAAGCAUUUCAAGCUGUUGCUUCAUCCUCUACUGUUAGUCAGUCAACAAUUACUCCAGAAAUGAUACAACAAAUGAUUCUUUCAGCUUUCUCUGCGCUUGGACUUCAAGGAUCAGGUGUCGGGGAAGGUGAUCGCGAAGGGGCCUAAAGUGGGCAGAAUUUUUCCGCUGCAAUUUUCGAUUCCUAGAACUUUGUCUUUAGCUUCUAUUUUAGUUGAGAAUAAGGCUUCCAUUUGGCAUAAACGCUUAGGUCAUCCGAAUAAUGAGAUUUUAUCAACAUUAAUGAAUCGUGGUUUUCUUGGUAACAAAGAUAAAAGUUUCAAUUUUGAUUGUUCUACCUGUAAGUUGGGGAAGAGUAAAGUUUUACCUUUUCCUACAUCUGGUAGUCAUGCUACUACAUGUUUUGAGAUUAUACAUUCUGAUGUUUGGGGUAUUACUCCUGUUAUCUCACAUGCUCAAU